UCUUUGCUUUUCAGUAAAGCUAAUGCUUACGACUCUAUCAAACCUCUCACUUUUUUCUUCAGCUCAAAACCAAUCUUCUUCUAUCUUCCGGCAAGCCAACCUUCUCGUACUCGGAUUCCAUCACAACCAUUAGUUUAAAAUCCAACAAUUCCAACUCCGGAACAAUGACAAGGGUUACACGAGAUUUCAGAGAUUCAUUACACAAAGAUGUUGUGGUGGUUCCAGCAGUAUCAGCAGAUGUGAGAUUCGCUUCAAGUAGAUUCCCAAAUUAUAGGAUUGGGGCAAAUGACCAGAUCUUUGAUGUGAAAGAUGACCCUAAAGUGUUGACAAUGAAAGAGGUGGUUGCCCGUGAGACAGCGCAGCUCAUGGACCAGCAGAAGCGUAUGUCUGUUCGUGACCUCGCCAAUAAAUUCGAGAAAGGCUUGGCUGCUGCUGCUAAGCUCUCCGAGGAGGCGAAACUCAAAGAAGCAACAUCCUUGGAGAAACAUGUACUUUUAAAGAAACUUCGAGAUGCAUUGGAGUCUCUGAGAGGACGUGUUGCCGGUAGAAAUAAGGAUGAUGUUGAGGAAGCCAUUGCCAUGGUGGAAGCUCUAGCUGUUCAAUUGACUCAGCGUGAAGGAGAGCUGUUCAUAGAAAAAGCCGAAGUCAAGAAGCUGGCGUCUUUUUUGAAGCAGGCCUCAGAGGAUGCAAAGAAAAUAGUGGACGAGGAAAGAGCUUUUGCGCGUGCUGAGAUUGAAAGUGCAAGAGCAGCUGUUCAAAGAGUUGAAGAAGCUCUUCGAGAACAUGAACAGAUGUCUCGAGCCUCUGGGAAGCAGGACAUGGAAGAUCUAAUGAAAGAGGUUCAAGAAGCUAGGCGGAUUAAAAUGCUGCAUCAGCCAAGCAAGGUAAUGGAUAUGGAAUAUGAGCUUCGAGCACUGAGGAAUCAGCUUGCAGAGAAAUCAAAACAUUUUCUUCAACUAAAAAAGAAGCUUGCAAUGUGCAGCAGAAAGAGCGAGGAAAAUAUAUCACUUCUAUACGAAAUAGAUGGCAACGAAGCUCUAGGUUCUUGUUUGCGGGUCAGACCUUGCUCUAACGAAGCUCCUGAUCUUUCAAAAUGUACUAUCCAGUGGUACCGUUCGUCGUCUUCUGAUGACAGCAAGAAGGAGCUUAUAUCAGGUGCCACGAAAUCAGUUUACGCUCCCGAGCCUUUUGACGUUGGACGAGCCUUGCAUGCUGAUAUCAUUUACAAUGGCCACACGCUUUCAUUGUCCACCGUGGGAAAGAUCGAUCCAGCUGCUGGACUGGGUAGCUAUGUGGAGGCAUUAGUACGAAAACACGAUGUUGAUUUCAAUGUAGUAGUGACUCAGAUGAGUGGGGAAGACCAUACAUCAGAAUCUAUCCACUUGUUUCACGUUGGUAAAAUGAGGAUUAAACUUUGCAAGGGAAAGACGGUGAUUGCAAAAGAGUAUUACUCUAGUGCAAUGCAGCUAUGUGGAGUGAGAGGAGGUGGGAACGCGGCAGCUCAGGCAGUGUAUUGGCAGGCAAAGAAAGGAGUGUCCUUUGUGGUAGCUUUUGAAUCUGAGAGAGAGAGAAACGCUGCCAUCAUGCUUGCACGCAGAUUCGCUUGUGAUUGCAAUGUGACGCUUGCUGGCCCAGAGGACAGAACAGAGACGAGUCCUAACUAAGAGGUUUUAUGUUUUGUAGUUUUAUAUAAUAUAGGGGGGCUUUAGGGAUUUGUUUGAAUUGCAGUUUCUUGUCUGUUUUGUACUUUUGUGUGUAAAAAAAUGAAGAAAGAAUCAGUGAAGAUGUUGAAUCUCUAUCUUUAUAUGACGGGUGGUUUGUUUC